GUGAGUGUGCCAACUGUCAUCACAAACGUCACUGAAUUGUCAGAUUUGCACUCCUGAUCAUGGCAUCGCCACUAGAACUUUUAACAAAUCGCGGCGACCGGCAGCCGUCAUACCUGAAUGACAAAUGGAACCCACUAAUAUGUAGCGCCGUCGGUUUCGGUGCUGUGUGCUACAUCAACUGGGCCACUCGCCGUCCUGUUUUCUCAGGCGUCCAGCGGCAUGCGGCUGCUGUAUUAGGAGGUGCUGCUUUGGGAGUAUUUAUUGACAAGAAGAGGAACGAUUACUUGGCCGAACGUGAUGCGGUACUCAGACAUUACGUUGAGCUGCACCCUGAAGACUUUCCGACUCCAGAGCGAAAGAAGAUAGGCGAGACCCUCGAAGCGUGGGCCCCAAUUCGCUGAGCUGUUCAACUGCCAGUAAAAUCGUUUGUUAGACUAGAAAAAGAACUUUGUCGUAUGAAAGGGUGUAAAUAAACAAAAUUAAAUGGAAA